AUGAAUAAAUUAUCACAGCACCCAAUUUAUUUCUUUGAAGAUGGAUUUAGAAGAGUUAUUCCUUAUUAUAAAGAAUUUAAAGUUAAUGUAAAAGGCAGAUGGGUAGGAAAAAGUGUUGAAGAAAUUUAUGGCAGUGAAUUUAAACAUAUUUCAAAGGAAGAGAUACAACGACAAAUUAAUGAACAAAUAACUUAUUUAAUUAAUAAAAAUGGAAUUAAAAAAGAAACAUCACUACAUUCUGUUAUUGAAGAACAUGACAUUUUAAUUAGUAAAUGUCAUUUACAUGAACCUCCUGUUCCAAUUAAAGAAAUUAAAAUAAUAGAAAACACUCCUGAAUUUCUUGUUAUUAAUAAACCAUCUGGAAUUCCUGUUCAUCCAACUGGAAGAUAUAACCAAAAUUGUAUCCUUAAUAUCCUUCUUAAUGAGCACCAUUUCUCUCAUUUAAAACCUGUUUAUCGUUUAGACAAAAAUACCAGUGGCGUCCUUCUAUUCGCCAAAACUAAAAAGUUCGCUUCUUCCUUUCAAUCAUUUUUAAAGGAAAAGUCAUCUGUCUUUUCUUCCCCUUCUUCACUUCAAAAAAUUUAUUUGGCUAGAGUAGUUGGUUAUUUUCCAGAUUUUAUUGAAGUAAAUCUCCCUUUACAUUUGAUUCGUUUUGGGACUGAGUCCCAAAACUCUAUUUGUGAAGAUGGCGUUGAAGCUAAAAGUAGUUUUAAAAGACUUUUUUUUGAUAAAGAUAGUAAUACAAGUGUUAUUGAAUGUAUUCCUCAUACUGGAAGAACUCAUCAAUUAAGACUUCAUCUCAAAGCAAUUAAUCAUCCAAUUGCAAAUGACUCUGCUUAUUUAUUGAAUCAAAUCCAUAAUUACAGACAACAAGAUGGAGACUUUAUUCGUGAAAAUAAAUGGAGAGAAAAGUAUGGAUGGGUCUUUGAUAAAGAUUGUAAUGACUGUAAUUUCCCUAAAGGUGAUCCUAUAGAAGACCAAAUUUGGUUACAUGCUUGGAAAUACUCAUUUAAUUCUCAUAAUUGGAUUGCUGAAAUACCUGAAUGGGCAGAAUUAAAUUUUGAUGCAAGAAGAUCUCUUAAAGAAUGGAAAGAACGAAUUGGGUUGGACGUACCAAAACAAAUAAGUACAGAAUAA